CAGGAUUGGAUCGGUGUGUGUGUGUCUGCGUGUGUGUGUUUUCCAACCCGUGAAGCGUUUAUAGUGCCGCACCCUGUCCUCUGUGCGUAAAACCUCCCACGUACAUCACCAUCAUCACACACCACGUUUCAUUCUCCCAGCAGCUCGGGACGAGCGGAGGAUAGCGGCUCACCUCGCGGACAGGUCGGACACAGAGAUGGGAGUGGAGCGGAGGCUGUUCUGGCUAUGACACGGACACACCGGGCGGGAAGGAUGGCUCUCACCAGCCGGGAAAUGAUGUGCUUGAUCGGAACCGCCUGCCUCUGGCUGCCGUUGUUGGCGGAGGUGGUGGCUGAGGACAGUUACUUAAACGAGGUGCAGAACUCAGUGCCUCUGUCCUGCUCUGAGGGAUUCACAGAGUUGGGAUACUACAACGGCACCGUGUCUCAGACAGACUCUGGCGCCCCCUGUCUGAAGUGGACAGAGUUUCCAGACUACGUGAUGCAGUACCCGGGCCGAGGGCUGGGUGACCACAGCUACUGCAGGAACCCGGACCGGGAGUCCAACCCCUGGUGCUUCUUCAGACAAAACUCUGGAGCCAUCGGCUGGGCCUACUGCGACUGCCACCAGGGUGCAGCACGUCUGGUUGGCAGCUCGUCUUCUGGCAGUGGGCGUGUCGAGGUCUACCUGAACGGCCAGUGGGGGGCGGUGUGUGACUCCCACUGGUCCGACAGAGACGCCAGCGUGAUCUGCAGGCAGCUGGGCCUGGGAGACAUAGGCACGGCCCUGCAGCACUCGCAGUUUGGCUCGGGCUCCGGCCUCUUCCACUACGAGCGCCUGGGCUGCCACGGGGACGAGAACGCUCUGAGUAAGUGUCGGAGCAGGACGUUCGUCACCGGUGACUGUAGCCAUGGAAACGAGGCGGCAGUGGUGUGUGCGCCGCCAGAAGGAAGCGGACCUCCGCUGCGAUUGGUCGGAGGCGAGGAAGACUUUGAAGGUCGAGUGGAGGUGUUUCAUGCAGGAAGGUGGGGCUCCGUCUGUGACGACCAGUGGGACGACAGAGAUGCAGAGGUGGUGUGCAGACAGCUCGGUUUUGGGGGUGUGGCGAAGGCCUGGUCGUGGGCUCAUUUCGGUCAGGGUUCGGGCCCGAUCCUGCUGGAUGCUGUGAAGUGCACAGGAAACGAGCUCUUCCUGGAUCAGUGCCCCCAUGGUGACUGGGAGCAGCACAACUGUGACCACAUGGAGGAUGCUGGGGUCUCCUGCAGCCCUUAUACAGACGGAGUGGUGCGCCUGGUCGGUGGAGACAGUCCCUGGGAGGGUCGGGUUGAAGUUUUCCACAACGGGGACUGGGGGACGGUGUGUGACGACCACUGGACCCAGCGGCAUGCAGAGGUGGUGUGCAGACAGCUGGGCUACAGGGGUCACGCUGAGGUUGUAUCAGACGGGAUGUUUGGUGAGGGCGUCGGUCUGAUCCUCCUGGAUGACGUUCACUGUGAGGGAUCCGAGACCUCCCUGCUGGACUGCUCACACGGGAUCUGGGGCCGGACCGACUGCUCCCACAGUGAGGAUGUCGGUGUCCGCUGCAGGAGCCGAUCCAGCCCAGAAACCAAUGAAGUGCCGGUCAUCGCACAUUCCACAGGUCCCCUGGUGCGUCUAGUGGGUGGCAGCAGCAGAAAGGAGGGUCGAGUCGAGGUGUAUCUCCAUGGUGACUGGGGAAGUAUUUGUGACUCAGGCUGGAACAACCUGAAUGCAGCCGUGGUGUGCAGACAGCUUGGACACAGUGGCGGAGCUGUCGCAGCUGGAGGGUUCGGUCAGGGGAAAGGGCCCAUCCACCUGGACCAGGUGAGAUGUACAGGCAAGGAGGAGUUCCUGGGAGAGUGUCCCUCUCUGGGCCAGAGCAUCCAGGGCUGCAGGCGCAGGGUGGAUGCAGGGGUGAGGUGUGACGUCACGCCGCGGGAGUCAGCAGUGCAGGCCAAGCCUCAAGAGCUGAGCUGUGGGCUGAGGAAGCUGGUGGAGGAGGACAGGAAAAGGAACCAGGGCGAGGAAAACAUGCUCAGGACCACGUGGCCGUGGCAGGUGUCAGUGUGGCUUCAGUCUGAAGAAGAAGAAGAAGGCGGUCCUCUCUGUAGCGGCACCCUGAUCAGCCCCUGCUGGGCCCUGACGUCUGCAUACUGUGUUAGCAGGUUUGGCAGCGAUCCGUCCAGGUACGUGGUGCGUGUCGGGGCCUCAGAGCAGACUCUGACCCCGGAGCAGGUGGUGGUUCACAGGAAGUUCAAAGGUCAGAGCGGAGGUCACGAUCUGGCUUUGUUGAAGCUACCCAGCACCAAGGGUCACUGUGGGACCUUUGACCCCAACACCAACGCAGCAUGCCUUCCCGAUGCAGACACAUCAGGGGGGAGCACUCCAUCCUCCUGUGUUGUAAUGAUCACUGCUGGCUGGACAGGACCAGACUCCGUUCUUGCAUCCUGGGUCCCUCUGAUGUCCUCAUGGCAAUGUAAGAAGCGAUAUGGCGACAGCUUCUCCAGCCACGGCACGCUGUGUGCUGGCAGUCCUCCAGACACCAGCCUACUCCAUGACGACAGCUGUCAGGGCAACUCUGGAGGCGGGCUGGUGUGUCAGGGGGAGACGGGCCGAUGGGUCCUCACCGGGGUCGUUGCUGGGGGUUACGGCUGUGCCGACCCCUCCUCUCCCGCGCUCUACACUCGAGUCAGUCGCUUCAGGAGCUGGAUCGAGGAGGUCAUCAACACACGGGCACAUCCGGAGGAGCCCCAGGCACACGCAAACACACCUGGCGAGGGCGAGGAUGAAGAUUACCAUGUGCCCGGCAAACACACGCACGACCAACAAGAAACGAAUGAAAUCAAUGAUAUUAAACACACACAGACUCAUCAUUCACACACCAAUCAGCACGUUAAAACACACACUAAAAGCACCCGCACACACCAUGUAGGGGUUGCCGACUCAAACACACAAAUUCUGGUCUGAUCGAGGCCGCGCCAUUGGCUUACCAUCUGUGCCAUGUGACCGCCUGAGGAGAGUUAAAGGAAGACGAAAAGUAAACUUUAAAAGAACGAUGCUCCUAACGUAGGUCUCUGUGCUCAUUUCCAAUCUGAACUCGGUGUUGUGUUUGCGGUUGCUAGUCGUCGGACGAGUACAGCAGUGUGGGCAGACCUGAGCGAGCUGCCAGGAGUGUGUGGGUGAUUCGUGGUGCUUUACAUGUGAGUUACAGCCUGUCGAGAGGCAGAGUGAUGGGGUCGGCAACGUUUAGGUUGAGCCUGGCAUGCUGAUCGGGGCCUUUCACUGAUAAUGAAAAUCAAAAAAAUCAGCAUGGCAUGUAUUUAAGGACAAUAGUGUUAAAAAUAUUCUGGGGAUAUUUUUAAGCCGGUCACACAAGAAUCUAUGCUAAAAUUCACUUAUUAUUGUGCGUCUUCUGUGUGUUUAGUAACAAGAAUCAACAAACUAACCACCAGAACAUCUAGAAUAAAGGCUGACUGUAAUAUCAUUGAUAUAUUAACGUAGAUCAAAACCUAAACUCCUGCAUCAGAUGUCACUACUCAGAUGUGGGUGAUGUUGCAUUUUUCCAACAGGGCUCGUCUCUUCAGGCUGUUGUCUUAUACCUUUACUGGUGAAAGUGCUGUUUAGACCCACGACUAAGCUAUUUAACUGAGGACCAUACCAGUGUUUGUUCAUGUUUUAGUGUAUUUAUUUUCAUUGCAAAUGACAUACUUAGUAUACCUGUGGAAUAUUUAAAAAAAAAAACAACUAAAGUUGUAUGGAGAUUCUUAUCUACAGUCAGUGCAUUAUGGAGGGGAAGCAGACAGGAGUACCAACAGGCAACAGCAAGAUGCAACAUUUUGCUGCUGCCCCCAUCUACAGCAUUAUAUUACUGAAAUUCCUUGUCUGCUACUGUCUGGUAUACACUGACUAUGGAUAAGUACUUCCUACAACUACGCCUCAAAGUUAAUUCAACUUGUUAGUAUCUGCAACCCCCAAACACAUCAAAUACAAGUCCAUUACUCUUUAAAUUGAGUGCACAAACAGCCAGACCUCUACAUUAUCUCAAAUGAAUCCAUAUAUUUUAAAACCCAGAGAAAUCUGUAAUUUUAGUCAUAAAUCAGUGUUUAUACAAUCUUAGUUGUUUGUUUGUUUUGUAUAUUCUAACAGGAUGAGGAUUUUUCGUCAAAAUGUGAAAGUAAGCAGCAGCAAUAGAGAAACACCUCUGCAGAUAUUAUGUCGCCCGGUGAAAACUAAAGGAGUCCUACCCAGGAGAAGCCAUGACAGCAUUGCUCUGUCAUUUGUUAUUGUUUUGACUGGCAGAAAAUGACUUAUUGCACGUUUAAGUGUACAUAUGUUGUAGUUGAAGAGCAAAAACAGUGGUAUGGUCCUUUCAAACUGUACAGGAAAAAUUCUCUCCUUUCAAAAGCCAUUGGAAGCUGACUGUCGGGUCGUAAAAUAUCUUUUUGUACUGAUUCCAGCAGGUGGCUCUAGAUAGAUAUAGAUGGAUAGAUAGCUACUAUUCCUGAGAUUAGAUAGUACGUGUUACUGCAUUCAUUCUUGACUGAAUUAGAUAGCCGAACAAGUUAAAUGUUGUCUGUUCUGUUGUGCUCUGAGCAGAUGUGCGAUCCAACCAGAAGAUGGCGACAUUGCUCUACUUUCACAAGGACAACACGGCCCUGAUGGUUCUUUUUAUACUGUUGCUAUAUGUGUACGGACUUGUGCUUUGAUGUACUGUAAACCAUUGUGUCGUGAAGCAUCUUGUAACCUGCAACUGCUGUUUCUCCAACAUGGACCUGUCCGAUGCCUGUUAUAAUCCUGUACAUAAACUCAAUCUUAUCACUACUCUGAGAAUUGAUGUGUUACCAUGCAGAUCCUGUAGGUUAAAUGUAAAUACUGUGUGUCUGCAGCUGGACGGCGAUGGAGCUGUGUAAACCCGUCAGCUGCUCCUCAGUGUAAUGUGCUGAAUCAUGGUUGAGUAUUAAAACAUAUACCUGGUGAGAACUG